AUGCAGGACGCCUGGACUGCUCGCAAAGCUGAGGAGAUCCAAGGGUACGCGGACCGCAACGAAUGGAAGAACUUCUUCUCUGCGAUCAAAGCUGUCUACCGUCCGGCGACGAACGGCACUGCUCCUCUCCUCAGCGCCGACGGCAACACUCUCCUGACUGAGAAGACGCAAAUCCUGCAGCGAUGGGCCGAGCAUUUCCGAGGCGCCCUCAACCGCCCCUCCGUCAUCUCCAAAGCCGCCAUCAAACGUUUGCCGCAAGUGGAGACCAACGUGGACCUCGAUCUCCCGCCAUCUCUCCAGUAA